UAAUUUAAGUGGAUUAAAAAUUACAUUCAUCAAAAGAAAUCUUUAGACCUCAUAUUUAUUUAAUGACCGGUUGGACUCUACACUAUAAAAUUAAAUAUAAAUCUAAUUUUUUCAGAGCAAAAAUGAUUUGUGUGUAUUCAGCGUUACAUUAAAUAACGUAAAUAACAGCCGGAUCAACAGAAGAACCCGAACCCGACUCGGCUCUUUCCGCCACCUGUUCGUUUGUAGUAAAAUUGGAGUUUGAGUCGAUCAGUUUUUAGUAUUUUAAUAUACAUAUGACAUGUGCUUCGUUGAUAUUUCAAUGUAGAGGUUAUCAAGUUAUUUUUUAAAUUCGAAACUCUGAAUUAAGUGAGAAUAUUUAUAUCUUUUUAGUAUUUUUCUGAAUGAAUUAAUAAAAAAAAUAUUUACUAAACAAAAAAAGUUAUUGUAAAAUUUUUAAAAGUAUUUAUCUGUGAUUCUAUAAGUUAUUAUAAUUCAUACUAAAAAUUUUCUUUGGUUUAAAAUUGUUUAUCUAAUUAUUAGAUAAUUAAAUUUCAAAUCAUUUUAAAAACCAGUUAAAUUUUUUAAAGCUCUGUUCAGUAACAAAAAUCAUUUAGGAAAAUAAUAAAAAUGGAGAAAGUACAAUUAUCAAAAAGUAUUUUACAAAUGAAGUUUAUGAAAAGAACAAAAGAAAAAGUUGAUAAAGAACAAUUUCAAUUGGAAGGUGAAGAAUAUUUCGAGAGCCAAUUAACGACAAAAAUGAAAAAAGAAUCUGGGAAAUAUAUGAUGGAACCGAGUUAUGUAUUUUGUGAACAGUUAAUCGAUGGACGAUUAAGUUUUCGCGGUAUGAAUCCUGAAAUUGAAAAAUUAAUGGAGCAAGAAAACAAUUUAAAAGUUUUGAAACAAGAAAAAUUGCGUGAAACAGAAGUAUCUGAUGAACAAAUGGCUAAACGCUUCAAGUCCGCACAUGUCAAGACAAUGGGAAAAAAAUUUCAAACCAAAAGAAAUCGUCAUAUAAGAUUUCAAUCUGACGAUGACGACGAGGAUCAAGUCAAACCAAUAAGUGCAAAAAAAGGUUUCAUGAAACCGAAAGAUUGAAAUAUUGUCUUAUUGGUUUUACUUUUUACGAUAGACAAAAAAAGUUAUUUACUUUUUCAUCAAUUUAUUUUGUAAAUAAUGUAUAUAUUACGAUUAUUAAAUCAAAUUUAUUU